CUGUGACAGGCAGAUUUCUGAAUAUUGCACCGCCCAUUAACAUUUACUGUCUAGUUGUUUCUUCAAACUCUUCAGAGUGCAUCAUUGUAUCUGAGGCACUGAAAAGAAUCAUCAUGCCACUUAAACCUUUUAAAAUCUUUAUAUUGAUGUGUGGAUUUUGUUCCCGAUUCUAUGCUAUCGCAUAUCCACCUAUUCAAACUGCCCAAAAGGAAGUUCUGCGUGGCGUUGAUGUGUCUUUGCGAUGCGAGGUCUCUUUCCUGUCUGAAUCCUCAACAUUGCAGUGGGAGAGAGAUGGAGAACAAACAUCAAACACCACUCUACUGUACAACAACUCUGCCUACAUCAUCUUACACACCGUUGAUGAACACAAUCAGGGCAAAUAUUACUGUAGAUUGAUGGAAGAUGGAAGAGUAGCAACGGUUAGGAUUCACACGCUUAAUCUCAGUUCAAAUUCAUACAAUGGAAAUAAUAAAUUUAAAUUUAAUACCAUUUACAGACACAGCUCUAAUAAUAGUGACGUAUCACUGAUCUGCAAGUCUAAAAAGGAAUACAAUAGCUGGAAGUGGACCUGGGAGCCGAGGCCUAAUUCACAGACUGAUCUGAUAGCAGUUGAACAAGGAAGAGAAGUUCAAGUUAAAGGACCAAUUAAACCAGGAAGACUUUCUUCAACCACAUACAAUAGUCAAGUUUUUAUCUUUCACAUCUCACCUGUGAACUUCAAUUAUAGUGGGACAUACAGGUGUAUUGCAAAAGAUAUAAAUAUUCCAUAUACAACCACAAUGCUUCACACCAUCAGAGUCUCAGUAGAGCCCUCUGAUGGUGUGUUGGGGAAAAGGUCAGUGAUUCUCACCUGUGAAGUUUCUGAAGUGACUGAUUCAGUGAUGCUGGUCUGGCUCAGGAUGGAGGGGAAUAGAGGAGUGCUGGGAAAACAGCAAAUUAUGACUGAGAAAAACAACAAGUUACAACUCACAGUGAAUCUGUCCAGCAAUGAAACAGACCCGCUGCACUGGCAGUGUGCAGUUUUUACUGAGGAUACACUCAGAGCUCUGGCUCCUAUAACAAUCAGUAUUUCCUCAUCAUCAGGAACCUCUACUGUACCAAACCAAGAAUUCAACAGAUAUGCAAAGGCUACUGUAUCAUCUGUUUUGGUUCUGUGUGCGGGGAUUCUGCUUGGAGCUAUAUUGUAUUACCUUUACAGAAAGCGAAUGUCAGUGCACUCGGACCCUCAGGAGUCUGAACCAGUCUAUAUCAACAUCAGCCAAAUGAGGAAAGACAGAGUAGAGCGCAGCAACACACUGGGAAACAGAGAAAAGAGUCCUGAAAUGUAUCGCCAUGUAAGAAGAAACAGAUAUGGUAAGAUCUUUUACAUCCAAGAAUUCCAAAAUAUCAUCUCAAGUCAACAUCAUCUCAUAAAGAUAUUUUUCUGCAGAAAAAACAAACAUAAAAUAUAG